CAACCUCAGAGAACAGUUCUUCUUCCAUUUCCUCACCUUUAGAACAUCAUGAAGCUUCUCGAUCUCCUCUUUGUUGCUUUUGCACUUAGCGGUGUCUCUUCCGCUAUUCCUACGACUCAGGAGAAUACACUAGAACCUAUCACCGGAACUAUUAUUUCUACAGGUGUCACUGAGAAUGGUGAGCCCUACACUAUCACGGAAGACUUCGUUGAUUUGACCGAUGCGGAGUUGGCACUUUUCGAGAACUACCCUGGAAAUAGCACCUCUUCCCUCGACAAACGGGCAAACGGCACCAAUGGGAACUGCAACCAAUGGCAUAGCGGUAAAUAUUGCUACUGCGGCGGCGAAAUUUCGAACCGUGGGGAUUCCUACCAUGGUAGCCAGGAUUUCUGCAAGAAGAUUAAGUUUCAGAAAUUCCGGAACGGAUCACUCCACCAUGUCAAGUGGCUACCGACGGUCAAGAUCGAGUAUUGGGUUACGAACAGUUGUAACGAGGAUAGAUCUGUUGGAGACAACUGUGGGGAUAUCUUUCUUGCCCUCAUCGAUUGGUGCGAUUGGGGCUGGAUGACUACUAAGGGAGGACAUCACAAAUAUAACACCUGUCUUCAGUUCAGGUUCGACGUGAAUAGUCGUUAGAGUAGAGCCGGAGACGACUGAAGGAAAAGAG